AUGUUGACGUGUUAUCGAUAAUUUGACAGAAAUAAAUACGAUCUUUGCAUUUUAUCCGUUACCUUUUGCUUUUGUGUGGUUUUUUAUUUAAAAUUUAUGCUCAAAAAUGUUUUUCCUGAUAGAUUCUGGUGAUAGUUCAAGUGAUGAAGAGAAAAAACAAAGAUUGCGGUUAGAAAGAAAAGGAAUAAAACAAAGAUCCAACAUUUUUAAUUUGCCAGAUACAAAUUUUAGAUUUGUAGAUUACUUUCGAAUAAGUAAGCCAGCAUUUAAAUUUAUCCUGGAGAAAACAGAGCCGUCUAUGAAAAUUGGGAAACGAUCAACAUUCAUCAGUAACCAAUUAAAAUUAGCAACAACAUUGCGUUUUUUGGCGCAAGGACCUUACCAACUAAGCGUUGGAAAUGAUUUCAAUUUGGCCUUAUCACAACCCAUCGUCUGCGCAAUAUUGGCUGAAACUCUUGAAGUAUUGGAGAGAAAAAUUUGCCCAAUGUUCAUAAAUUUCGAAAUGUCUGAACAAGAAAAAACUGAAGCAAAACAGCAUUUUUUUGUGAAAACGGGAUUUCCUGGCGUGAUUGGCUACGUAGAUGGGACACAUAUAAAAGUUUCGGCACCUAAUAAGGCAGAGCAAGGUCUUUAUUUCAACCGAAAGGGAUUUUUCAGCUUAAAUGCAAUGAUUACUUGUGAUCAUAAAAUGAGAAUGCGUUAUUUUGAUGCGAGAUAUACAGUUUCGUCUCAUGACUCCCUUAUCUGGAAUAUAAGUUCUGCCAAACGGGUUUUAUGUGAACGUUACAAUGCUGGUGAGCGCAACUCUUGGCUAUUAGGUCCGUUUCGGAAGGAAGUGCUGUGGCAAUUUUCAACACUAAACAUGCUAAAACAAGGAACCUUAUUGAAAGAACAAUUGGAGUGCUGAAAACCCGAUUCCGUUGUUUACUUGGUGCUCGUCAGCUUCAUUAUAAGCCUGAAAAAGCAACUCAAAUCGCAAACGUGUUUGCUGCCUUGCAUAACGUUUGUAUAAAAUAUAACAUCGUAGUAUCAAAUGAUGCACCUUCGCCCACUGAGAAUUUCCAUGAUAUGUUUGAUGGUGAUAUAUCCGACAACUCAAAAAACAUUGACGCUUCGCAGAUUCGUCAACAAAUAAAAGAAAGUUUUUUGUAAAGAUUUUCAAACUUAUGUCCAUUACUUCAUAUAUGUACAUAAAGCUGUAGUUUUAUUAAAAAAAUAUAAAAGUAUUUUGCAGAUAACA